AUGCACCUUCUCCCUCACUCUCUCGCUCUCUCCUGUCUGCUUUCGAUCGCGACCCAGCAAGCGGUUGCUGCGCCAAGCGCUCCUGCAACACGACGCGCAGCAGCACCCCAGACCAUCCCUCUCGUUCGCCGUUCCCGCUCCUCCCACAACAGCACCGAGUGGCUCCUUUCCCAGAAGCAUGGCAUUGAGUCCAAGUACACCUCCUCUGGCCAGUCGCGUAAGCGCGCCAACGGCUUGAACCUCCUCACGAACCAGAACGCGGACUCCAGCUACUACGGCUCGAUAGCGGUGGGUACGCCCGCCAUCUCGUACAAUGUCAUUCUCGACACGGGCUCCGCGGACCUCUGGCUCGCCGCGUCGAGCUCCGGGCUGUCGUCAAACUCCCUCAGCGGCAUUUCGAUGUUCAACUCCUCUGCCUCCUCCUCUUUCAAGGACCUCGAGACAAACUUCUCAAUCAGCUACGGCUCCGGCUCUGCACGGGGGACGCUGGGUCAGGAUGUUGUUCAGUUCGCGGGUUUCGAGGUCCAGAAACAGACGUUUGGCGUCGUCACACAGGUUUCCGACAACCUGCUGACCUCGCCAGUUUCCGGUCUCAUGGGUCUCGGCUUCUCGACGAUAGCCUCAUCGGGAGCCACGCCUUUCUGGGAGGCUCUCGCAAAUGCCGAUCGGACUCUGGACUCCCCUUUGAUGGCGUUCCAGCUUACUCGGUUCAUUGAUGUUGCCAAAGCCCAGACCUUGGAACCUGGAGGCACCUUCAACCUUGGUGCCGUGAACAGUUCGUUGUUCACCGGCGACAUUGACUACCAGAGUAUCCCAAGUGGCGAGGAGGGUUACUGGAUCCAAGAGCUUGCCGGUCUCGCGGUCAACGGCGAGUCUGUGAGCCUCCCUUCCGGCUCCAGCUCGUAUGCGGCCAUCGACACUGGCACCACGCUCGUCGGCGGUCCAGACCAGUACAUCUCCGCCCUCUACGCUCAGAUCCCCGGUAGCCAAGCCUUGACUGGCGAAAACGCUGGCUACUACACAUACCCAUGCAGCACCAACGUGAACGUCACGAUGCGUUUUGGCUCGUCGUCCAUCUCCUGGCCGAUCUCCAACGCGGACUUCCUGCUCACGCAGGCCUCCGCCACACUCUGCGUCGGCGCCUUCUUCUCGCUCGACACCUCCGGCACCUCCGCGCCUCCAUGGAUCAUCGGCGACACCUUCCUCAAGAACGUCUACACCGUCUUCCGCUCCUCGCCCGCCUCCGUCGGCUUCGCCACCCUCUCCAGCACCGCGACCGCGAUGAACGGCGCGCUCGGCUCCGCGCCGAGCGCGACCAUCGGCAGCGUCGUUGCGAGUGUCACGGGCACUCCGACGACCGACCGCUCGUCGACCACGAGCAACCCCGCGCGCCGCUUGACCGCCAGCGUGGGGGUCGUCGCGCUCGCAGUUAGCGCGCUCGGGUCCCUGUUCGCGCUCUGA